AAAAAAAAGAAAAAAACAAUCGGCGUUAGAUUCUGUAACAAGCUGGCACGUCUCUGUAUCAGUCGCAACGUUCCUAUUUUCUUUCUUUGUCAAUCCGUUCGGCGACAGAACAAUCCAAAAAAACAUUCUUUUAGCUUUUUCUGUUUCUUCUUUAUAUAUUACACACAAAGCCUAUACAGGAGAUAAUCUCGGUUACAAAAACAGAGAAGAUAAAGGAGAAGUCUUUCUCUGAUUUUUCACCCUGAAGAACCCUAAUUUCAGGAAGUUGCGAGUUUCGAAAGUCAAAAAGCGGUUUAUCCAGGGGAAGUAAAGGGUUUUAAGCAGAUAAGAGUUUGAGAAGGAGAAACUUAGUGUAUAGGAUGGAUCAAAUGUUAUCAGGAGAACAAGAUCUUGAAGUAGAUAUUGAAGCUGGUCGAUCUGACGUUACACAAGAAUCCACAUCAGAUACUGUUUCAGGCAAUGGGGUCUGGAGUGAACGGGCGAAUUUCGGUGUCUCUGAAAAGAUUGCUGAUGAUCUGAGCUAUCCAUUGAUAAGAGACGAAAACCGAGUAGAAACUAGCAGUCAGAGUUUGGAUCUUUCAGAGAAAAAAUGCGGUAAUGGAAAGUUUAAGAAGUCGAGAAAAGCUUCAAAGCCUCCAAGACCUCCAAAAGGCCCUUCCUUGAGUGAGAAUGACCGUAAGAUCAUGAGGGACAUACAAGAGCUCGCUAUGAGAAAGCGUGCAAGGAUUGAAAGGAUGAAAAAGUCCUUAAAAAGGUUGAAAGCAGCCAAGACGUCACCAUCAUCUCCAUGCAUUACCAUUUUCUCCAUGAUAAUAACGGCUAUAUUCUUCGCCUUUCUAGUCUUCCAAGGAUUCUCCACAGGCAGUUCGAGUAUGAAUUCGGACAAAUCACCUGCACCAACAGUUUCACCUAACAACCAAAUGAUUUCAGUUCAGUUCUACAAUGAUUUUGCUCCCGUUGAGCAAACCGAUCCCAGCCCGACCACCUCAUUAAGAUACACGAGGAAGCGAAUUUCGGGUGCAGAAGAAGAAGACUCGAGAGACGUUACUAGAUGAGUUCUCUGUUUUGGUCUUCUUGACCCAAACUGUUAACUCAUUUGGUCAAAGUUUUGUUCAUAGACUAAAAUUUGUAAAAACGACUGCGUUUUAAACAAUGAUGAUGAUAUAUUGAUAUGUCACUAACCGGGCCAGUUUUUCAAUUAUUUUGAAAAUAAAAAGAUUGUGAGCAUCGUAGUAAUUACGGUAUUUAAUGAAGGGAAAAAUGAUGUAAAACUUGUUGUUGACCUUACAAAUAUAAAAAAACAAUUGUUUUUUUCAA